AUAAAACAAAUAAAAUUAGAAGAAAAACUGAAUGAUAUUCAAAAAAAUAUAAUUACUCAUGAUUUAAUUGAUAAUUAUAAAAAACAAAUUGAACAAUAUGAAAUAAUUUUAACAUAUAUGAAUAAUUUAGAAGAAUUGAAAGAUAAAUGGACAUUUUUUCGUUUAUUUAUUUGGCGUUUUUGUUUAGAUAUAUAUAAUUGGAAAUCACUUGCUCAUUCUAUUCAUCAUAUUGAAUAUUUAAUUAAUAAUCUUGAUAAUUAUCAAAUAAAAGAAUUUAUACAAAAAAAAUUUAAAACUUUGUCAAAUUAUUUUAUUUUAUUUAUUAAAGAUGUAAUUACUCUACAAACUAAAUCAGAAAAACAACCGUUAAAAGAUCCGAUAGCGAAAGAAAAUGAAUCAUCAAGAAUUAAUUCACGACCAUACGUUACUUUUGAACUUGAUGAUAUUCGUAAAUAUCAACGACAAGCAUUAUUAAAGUCGCCAUAUGGUACCAUUCCACUUUACAGAAGACAAGCAUGGGUAGAAAUUCUUCAGUUAAAUAUAAAAAGAAAAAGAUCAAAUAUUUGUUUUUCUUUUCAAAAGGCAGCAGCUAACCUAUUUCACGAUCAUCCAUUACAUCUAUUACGUCAUAUGCAAAAUUCGCUCCGGAUGCAAGUAAAAAUCAAAUUGUAUUUCUUUUUGUGAAACACCUCCUGAUACGAGUGUUAGAGCUUAGAAGUAAAAAUUUCGAUUUCCCUGAGCUCCCUGGAUGUGCAACAAUCUCGAUGAUAAAUAACAAGUAUGAAUAGAAUUAAUAAAUAUUCUCUUGAUAAUUUGUAUUAUAGAGAGUAACAAAUAAAUAUAACAUAAAGAUUUACACUGUAUAAUUAUAACAAUCAGAUCAAAAUACGACGCCACAACUCAUAGACUCACACGCAUAUGAUUACAACACAUCACUCCGUAUUUCCCUCUAGUGC